AUGCCGUUCUCGACGCCCGUCAAACGAGUCCAGCGUGUCGAUGCGCCCGCUGGCGACUCGAACCCUUACGUCCUGCCCGCCAUCGUCUGUGGUAUGAAUGGUGUCGGAAAUCACGGCUUGGAGGAUGAACAAGCGCCUACCGUCUCUGUUCUCACCAUGCCCACCACCCGCAAUGGCGCCUCGCAGCCUUCGAGCCCCCCACCCUCAUCGCCGCUGAACGAUACCACGAAUGGCCUGUCGCCUUUUGCCAACCCGUCGAAGCCGACCGGCAAGGUCAUCGAACGUCUAACGACGACCAACGAACGCCUCACCCGCGAACUCCACGCCGAGAAGGCAAAGACCCAAAGCCAGACCGAAGAACUCCGCGCGAAGCUACGCGUCAUCGAACACCUCAAUGCCGACAAGGAAACGCUGCAGUCGCAAGUCGACUCCCACGAGCGCCGCAAGAACGAUUGGAAGGAGAUCGAGAGAUCGCUCACAUCUCAGCUCCACGCUGAGCAGGAACGUAGAAAGAAGGCUGAGGGUCAGGUGACCGGCAUGGGCAUCCAGCUCGAUCAGGUCAACUCGAACGCGGCCAAGAAGCUCGCCGAGGUCAAGCAGGAGCAUCUUGCCGAGCUUGCCAACUCCAAGAAGUCGCUCAGCGUGGAAUUAAUCCAACUCAAGGAAGAGUUCACCGAGACUAGGAAGCGCGCGAUCAAGGCCGAAGAGCACGCUGCAUACCUGGAUGCACAAUCGAAGGCUUUCACCGACGGCCACAGGCGUAUCGUCAAGGAGCAGCGGAACGCGAUAGACGAGCUCAGGAAGUACAGCGACCACGCCAACUAUCGUGUCGAUGAGGCCACGGCUCACAUCAAGGCUCUCGAUGUCGUUGCUGGCCAGCAGAGCCACGAGAUGGAGAGGAUGCAGCGUGGCGUGCAGGAUAUGCAGCGCGUCUUCAACGGAUACAAAGAGGAGUUCAACAAGUUGAAGAGUGAGGGUAGCGACCUUGGUGAGCAGGUCCAGAAGAGUGCGGCUGUCAUUGAGAGCUUCGAGAAGGAAGCCGAUGAGGCUUUCAGACUUCUGAAGUGGGCCUUCAAGCUUAACAAUGGCGAUCUCAAGAAGCCGGAGUGA